CCUGUGGGCGAUAACAUUGAAACGCCGUGUUUGGAUUUUGUCGGCACACGACUGAAUAGUAGAAAUAAUUUUGUAAUUGUUAUUUAUUAUUUUGACUUGCAAAAUGGCUGCAGGUCCAAUUGCCGAACGCAAUCAAGAUGCCACCAUUUAUGCCGGCGGCCUGGACGACAAAGUGUCCGAGACAUUGCUUUGGGAACUGUUUGUUCAGGCGGGUCCAGUGGGUAAGCAAAAUGCAAACACAUUCGCAUUAUUGCGAAACAUUAGCUUAAUCUUUUUCACGACUCUUGCAGUCAACGUACACAUGCCCAAGGAUCGCGUCACACAGAUGCAUCAAGGCUACGGCUUUGUGGAAUUCCUGAGCGAGGAGGAUGCCGAUUAUGCGAUCAAAAUUAUGAACAUGAUCAAGUUGUAUGGCAAACCCAUACGUGUGAAUAAGGCGUCGGCGCAUCAAAAGAAUCUCGACGUCGGCGCCAACAUAUUCAUUGGCAAUCUGGACGUUGAAGUCGAUGAAAAGCUGCUCUACGAUACAUUCUCCGCCUUUGGUGUGAUACUGCAAACACCGAAAAUUAUGCGUGAUCCCGAGACGGGCAAAUCGAAGGGUUUUGCCUUCAUCAAUUUCGCCAGUUUCGAGGCCAGCGAUGCGGCCAACGAUGCCAUGAAUGGCCAAUAUCUAUGCAAUCGUCCCAUCUCCGUGUCGUAUGCGUUCAAAAAGGAUCACAAGGGCGAACGCCAUGGCUCCGCAGCGGAGCGUCUCUUGGCCGCACAAAAUCCCUCAGCGCAUGCGGAUCGUCCGCAUCAAUUGUUCGCCGAUGCGCCGGUGCAGAAUAUGAUGCCCGUAAUGCCGGGACAAAUGAUGCCGCCACCGAUGAUGGCACCGCCGCCGCCCGUGGUGCCCGUGUCCACGACCAACAUGAGUAUGAUUGCGCCACCGCCGCCUGUACCACAACCGACACCGUUCCCAGCAACCAUACCGCCACCUCCGUUGCCCCCCAUGGGCGGUGGACAACCGCCGCUGCCGCCAGCGAUGGGCAUUCCGCCACCGCCACGCAUGAUGCAGCCACCGAAUGCGUGGGCACCUCCCGGCAUGCCAGCGCCGCCGCCGCGUCCCCCGCCAACGAAUUGGCGUCCUCCGCCCGUUCCCUUUGCACCAGCGCCCUAUGCUCGUCCCUAUCAACCCGAUGGCUAUCAGUACUAAUGUCUCUUCCCAUCCCUGAAUCACAGACGCGCGCCUAGCAUGUAGUUAUACAAUUUUAGACGAUCCAAUAAAAAGAUGAAAACAAGAAA